ACCAGAUCCCAGUGCCCUAUCUUCUGGGGACAUCCUGGGCCUGAAUCUUUAAUUCAUGUCCCUUCUGCAGUGCCUUUCCUCUGAGGCCCUCAAAGGGAAACUGAGGCCUUUGAGGACAUGAAGACUCGCAUUAGGCCAACGAACCUUGAAACUCCAGAUCGAAGAGAAGAAAGAUCUGACUCUGUGUGUAUGUGUGUGUGCAUAUAUGUGUGUGUGUGUGUGUGUGUGGCAGAGGGGGUUGUGGUCAUGGGGUACUGCCAUGAACACACAAGGGGCAAGAAGCGUCUGAAAUCAGAGCUAACUUGGGAGGCACAGAACACAGGGUGCCUGGAAGGGAAACAGAUGUAUUGUGGGGCACAGGGCAGGCUGGGAGGGGAACAAAGGUCCACUCCAUGGGUAACCAGACCCUUCCGCCAGGGCUGGCCACUUCUGCCUUUGGAAAAUGUUUCACAACGCCCCAUGUUAUGUGUAUGUGUGAAUUGGCCGAUGAGAAACGAAUGUUGAUGUAAGAGGCAGGGCGCUAAGCUACGGAUGGGUAACAGGGCGUGGGCUCGCACACUCGCUUGCACCAGUGCCCAGAGACGGGGUGCAAGCUGAGGAGCUGCCCAGAGCACUGCUCACACUGCCAGAGUACCUGAAUUCGGCAUUCCAAUGACAGGUGACAAGGGUCCCCAAAGGCUGAGCAGGUCCAGCUAUGGCUCUAUCUCCAGCCCGACCAGCCCAGGGCCACAGCAAGCACCUCCCAGAGAGACCUACCUGAGUGAGAAGAUCCCCAUCCCAGACACAAAGCCGGGCACCUUCAGCCUGCGGAAGCUAUGGGCCUUCACGGGGCCUGGUUUCCUCAUGAGCAUUGCUUUCCUGGACCCAGGAAACAUCGAGUCAGAUCUUCAGGCUGGCGCCGUGGCGGGAUUCAAACUUCUCUGGGUGCUGCUCUGGGCCACGUUGUUGGGCUUGCUCUGCCAGCGACUGGCUGCACGUCUGGGCGUGGUGACAGGCAAGGACUUGGGUGAAGUCUGCCAUCUCUACUACCCUAAGGUGCCCCGCACACUCCUCUGGCUGACCAUCGAACUAGCCAUUGUGGGCUCCGACAUGCAGGAAGUCAUCGGCACGGCCAUUGCAUUCAAUCUGCUCUCAGCUGGACGAAUCCCACUCUGGGGUGGCGUCCUCAUCACCAUCGUGGACACCUUCUUCUUCCUCUUCCUCGAUAACUAUGGGUUGCGGAAGCUGGAAGCUUUUUUUGGACUCCUUAUAACCAUUAUGGCCUUGACCUUUGGCUAUGAGUAUGUGGUGGCGCGUCCUGACCAGGGAGCGCUUCUUCGGGGCCUGCUCCUGCCCUCGUGCCCGGGCUGCGGCCACCCCGAGCUGCUGCAGGCGGUGGGCAUUGUUGGCGCCAUCAUCAUGCCCCACAACAUCUACCUGCACUCGGCCCUGGUCAAGUCUCGAGAGAUAGACCGAGCCUGCCGAGUGGACAUCAGAGAAGCCAACAUGUACUUCCUGAUUGAGGCCACCAUCGCCCUGUCCGUCUCCUUUAUCAUCAACCUCUUUGUCAUGGCUGUCUUUGGGCAGGCCUUCUACCAGCAAACCAACCAGGCUGCGUUCAACAUCUGUGCCAACAGCAGCCUCCACGACUACGCCAAGAUCUUCCCCAUGAACAACGCCACCGUGGCCGUGGACAUUUACCAGGGGGGCGUGAUUCUGGGCUGCUUGUUCGGCCCUGCGGCCCUCUACAUCUGGGCCAUAGGUCUCCUGGCGGCCGGGCAGAGCUCCACCAUGACGGGCACCUACGCGGGACAGUUCGUGAUGGAGGGAUUCCUCAGGCUGCGGUGGUCACGCUUCGCCCGCGUCCUCCUCACCCGCUCCUGCGCCAUCCUGCCCACCGUGCUUGUGGCUGUCUUCCGGGACCUGAGGGACUUGUCCGGCCUCAAUGAUCUGCUCAACGUGCUGCAGAGCCUGCUGCUCCCAUUCGCCGUGCUGCCCAUCCUCACGUUCACCAGCAUGCCCGCCCUCAUGCAGGAGUUUGCCAAUGGCCCGCUGAGCAAGGUCGUCACCUCCUCCAUCAUGGUGCUAGUCUGCGCCAUCAACCUCUACUUCGUGGUCAGCUACCUGCCCAGCCUGCCCCACCCUGCCUACUUCGGCCUUGCAGCCCUGCUGGCCGCAGCCUACCUGGGUCUCAGCACCUACCUGGUCUGGACCUGUUGCCUUGCCCACGGAGCCACCUUUCUGGCCCACAGCUCCCACCACCACUUCCUGUAUGGGCUCCUUGAAGAGGACCAGAAAGGGGAGACCUCUGGCUAGGCCCACACCCGGGGCCUGGCUGGGAGUGGCAUGUGUGGCGUGACUGGCCUGCUGGAUGUGGAGGGGGCGCAUGCAGGGAGCAGGAUGGAGUGGGACAGUUCCUGAGACCUGCCUUUAGGGCUUUAGGGGCUUUAGGGAUCUGCUAUUUCCUAGCACAGCCAUGUGAUUAACCUCUGGGUCUCAGUGUCCUCAUCUGUAAAAUGGAGACAACACCACCCUUGCUAUGGAGGUUGAGCACUUUAACACAGUGCCUGGCACUGGGGACAAAAACAAACAAAACAAACAACAUUUCAAAAGGUAUUUACUGAGCACCUUCAGGCGUGACCUGCCAGCCCAAGGACGGGUGGGGUAAGGACUUGGGGACUUGGGCGAGACACAGGCUCCAAACUGGAGCUUGAAAUAGUGUCUGAUGAACGUUUGUUUGUUUGUUUGUUUAUUUAUUUGAGACAGGGAAAGGGUCUCCCUCUGUGUCCCAGGCUGGAGUGCAGUGGCGCAAUCUUGACUCAUUGCAACCUCCGCCUUCUGGGUUCAACUGAUUCUCGUGCCUCAGCCCCGGGAGUGGCGCGCACCACCACGCCCAGCUAAUUUUUGUAUUUUUAGUAGAGACGGGGUUUGCCAUGCUGGCCAGACUGGUCUCGAACUGCCGGAUUCAAGUGAUCCUGCCCCCACCUCCGCCUCCCAAAGUGCUGGGAAUUAGAGGCGUGAGCCACUGCACCCGGCCUGAUUAAAGUUACAUAAAUACUAGUUCCCUUCUCGUCCAAAGGAGCAGGGAAUGGGAAGCGGGAAGGCACGGAGUCUCUAAAACAUCUAGAAGACCCCUACGCCAGGGUCUGGUCCGCUCCUAUUCGCCGCAGCCUUUCUGUUCCGCCUGCAACCCAUUUUCCAGACAGUAAAACGGAGGCGCGCUUCUUUCUCCGUCAGGCACCAGGUCAUAAGGAACCCAAGAGCCCGUGCCUCUGAGGGCCAAGCUAUUUGCUGUUUCCUUAAGGGACCCGGCGGCCGCGACUCCCACGCCGCGCCGUUAGCGCUCCCUCUCCGCUAACUGCUCCCCCUAGGGGCAGAGACAGUCCCGACGCCGGCCCUCCCGCCCCCUCCCCGCCAGGCGGAACGACCGGGGGAGGCUGGCGCUCGGGGCUCGCGCCCUGGGGCCCCAGAAUCCUCUGGGGAGAGUGGGUCGGGGGAAGCUGUGUGGGCGGGGAGUCCCCUCUGCCUUAGGGAGCGACUGAGCACCCCUUCGCCCCAUUCAGGGGCUGCACUUUACAGACGCUCCCUAGGCUGUUUCUAGGCUCCCCCAAGUCCCUCUUCCAGCCUCCUCGGGUCCCUCGGACCCCAGCCCAGGACCUGCGGAGAGCCGCAGCGAGGAGACACUAACGGGCCUUUCCCCAGAGUUGAACCUGGGCCGGGUGUUGCACCUGAAAGAACCCCCGAUUUCCCGGGGACCCAGCAGGGCGGGCGGCCUGGCUCCGCGCUCAGGUCCGGACGCUUGUUUAUGAGAAGAAUUUCCUCUUUCUUAAAAGGGCAACGAUGCGAGUGGGUCCCUCAAAGAGAAAAGGGAUGGGACCGGGCUUGUGCGACCUGGGCAAGUGCUGCAGAGGGUACCUGGGCAAGAGGGCCGCCCGCCUCCUCUAGGGUUGGCACUGGAGAUGAGUCCAUGCCAGCUGAAAAAGAUAGAUGGGGGGGCGUGUAGCGAAGGCAUCUCCCAGAUCCUUUAGCCUCCUGGAAGUGCCCCAGUUGUACCCCCUACACACCCCUCUCGUGAAUUCACUUGGCAUUGAGUGCCAGUCCUGUGCCAGGCCCUGUGUUACAAGUGGGGGAGGGAGGCAAAGUUCCUAAUUAAAGAUGUCAGCUCUCAAGG